AUGAAUCUACGCGGACAAUUUGAUGAUAUCGAUGACUCCAAAAGAGAAGAGCUCUUGGCAGCUGCAGACAAUGAUGUCAAUGAUAUGCCAGAACUCACUGUCAGAUUCCAAGGAGACGAUAACAAUGAAUCAGAUGACGAGGAUUCGGGUGAUGAAGAGGAAGAAGCUAUUGUGGCCAAUUUGGCGGAACUCCAAAGUGGACAAUAUUGCCCAAGGCUACGCCAACAAGCUGAUUGCUACCAACGACAGGAUCACCACCAACGACAAGUUCUUCUCCGAACCCUGUGCAAUCUACAUUGA